AGGGAACCUCGUCCAGAACUUCUCCUUGGGAUCAAAAUCCUGGGGCCUAAGCUCUUGGAAAACCGAAGCAUGCUUUCCAACAAAGUUUGUGACAACAAAUAUUUGAGCGAUAUUUGUGGAAGGAAAAGUUGUUUCUAUGAAAUGAUGCGGAAAGUUGGAAACAUGAGUUCCGUGGAGAAGGUGAAUUGGGAGUUUUGUCACUGGUAUUACGUGGGUGCUACCCACAUCGCGUUCAAUGUGAUCAUCAAGUGUGACAAAACGAGAGGACUUAGGGCAGAGUUUAGAGGCUCUUUUAAAUGCACGAGUUUGGUGAAAGAACUAAAAUCUGAGGCUUCAUUGAUUCUGCGCGAGGUGAACACAAAGCCCACUGAAGAAGCUGUGAGAAAGUUGAUGGAAGGUAUUAUCAAAGGCAGAGAGUACAUUAUCUAUGAAGGAGGUUCCGAGCAACGUGCUACAGUGGUGAAUAAUAUUGUGAACACAGGUGCAACUUUUAAUGGUGAUGGUAAUGGUUCUAAAUAUGAAAAUUGUGAUAUUGUUAUGAAUUCGUAUUUUAACUCAUCACCAGAACCGUGA